AUGAGUGCAAGUGCAGGCCCCAUCUUGCCUGUGAUUAAUAUUCCUGUGAACUACGAUGAGGAACGAGAAAAGAUCCAAGAUUUUCUUGAGCAUUUCAAGGCACCCUCCACGGAAGUGCCAUCCCUUUCUCGCGUGGGCACAGUAUCUUCAACGGAUCCCCUUGCAUUGCCCCCAGACCAGCUGUACUCGCGCGAAGAGGAGGCGGAGCACGAGGAAAGCCGUAGGAUGCAUGUGGAUGGAGAAGAGACUUCACAAGAGGGUGUCGUCAACAAGUAUUUGGUGCAAUUGCAACGCAUUGCAAAUCGCGAUCAAGAAAUGCUGGUCAUUGAAUUGGACGAUGUCGCGCAGUUUCGCUCGUCUUCUGGUCGCUUUAUCGGUGGUGCGUUGGUUACAGCCAUUCAAGGGAAUACCAAACGCUAUGUCAACCUGUUUAGCGAGGUAAUUGAUCGCAUCCUACCAGCGCCCGAUCGUGACAUGUCUGACAAGGACGACGUACUUGAUGUGAUUCGGCACCAGCGUAUGGAGCGUAACGCCGUCAAUGCGCAAGAGGAGGAGAAUGCCGGUGAGGAACUGGAAAUGUUCCCACCGACUCUUUUGCGGCGGUAUAUGCUCUAUUUCAAGCCGCCGUCGCGUGAUGUGCCAAUGGCUGUACGUGAGAUUCGCGGUGCGCAUCUCGGCAAGUUGUUGUCUAUGCGUGGUAUUGUGACGCGUAUCACCGAUGUGAAGCCAUCGAUUCUCGUCGACGCGUAUGCUUGCGAUGUGUGUGGUGCCGAGGUCUUCCAAGAGGUGUCUGGUCGGCAGUAUAUGCCUCUGACGUUCUGCACAAGUCGCGUAUGUGUGACCAACAAAACACGAGCGCCUUUGUAUCCACAAGUGCGUGCAAGCAAGUUUAUUGCGUACCAGGAAGUGCGCAUCCAGGAAAUGACCGAUCAAGUGCCUGUAGGCCACAUUCCUCGCUCCAUGAGUGUGCAUUUGUAUGGCCGACUUACGCGACAACUUAGUCCAGGUGACGUGGUGCAGAUUGGUGGUAUUUUCCUACCUUUGCCUUAUACAGGUUUCCGCGGUAUUCGCGCUGGUCUAUUGACAGAUACCUACUUGGAGGCGCAGUACAUUCGGCAGCUGAAAAAGUCCUACGAGGCCAUGGAGCUUACACCUGAGAUGGAAGCAGAACUGGCUUCUUUGCACUCGGAUCCAAGUCUUUACAGUCGUCUCGCAGCAAGUAUCGCGCCAGAGAUUUACGGUCACGAAGAUAUCAAGAAGGUGCUUCUUCUGCUGUUGGUCGGUGGCUGUACCAAGACGAUGGGCGAUGGCCUAAAGAUUCGUGGCGAUAUCAAUGUCUGCUUGAUGGGUGAUCCUGGUGUGGCCAAGUCGCAGUUGCUCAAAUAUAUUGCCAAAGUUGCGCCGCGUGGCUUGUAUACCACGGGUCGUGGUUCGUCCGGGGCGGGCCUUACUGCUGCGGUGCUUCGUGAUCCUGUGACGGAUGAAAUGGUGCUGGAAGGUGGUGCGCUUGUAUUGGCCGACAACGGCAUUGCGUGCAUCGAUGAGUUUGACAAGAUGGAAGAGGCAGACCGUACAGCAAUUCAUGAAGUGAUGGAGCAGCAAACCAUCUCGAUUUCCAAGGCUGGUAUCAACACGACACUCAAUGCACGGACAUCCAUCCUGGCUGCCGCGAAUCCGCUGUAUGGCCGCUACAACCCGCGCGUAUCGCCCGUGGACAACAUCAACCUGCCUGCCGCCCUGCUAUCGCGUUUCGAUAUCCUGUACCUGAUCCUCGAUACACCUUCGCGUGAGAAUGAUGAGCGGCUGGCACAGCACGUUACGUAUGUCCACAUGUACAGUGCACCGCCUACAGCAGCGCAAGAUGUGAUUCACCCCAAUGUGCUUCGCCACUUUAUCGCCGCCGCGCGUCAGUGUCGUCCCACAAUCCCACGUGACGUGUCCGACUACGUGGUGAAUGCCUAUGUGCAAAUGCGUGCCCAGCACAAGCAGGAUGAAGAGCGUGACGAGGCGUUUACCUAUACGUCUGCGCGUACGUUGCUGGGCAUCGUGCGUCUCUCGCAGGCGCUAGCGCGUCUUCGUCUUGCUGAGGUCGUCGAGACAUCGGAUGUGGAAGAGGCGUUGCGUCUUAUGGAGGUCAGCAAAGCGUCGCUGUACAACUCCACUCGACGUCGUGCCGAUGUAGGUGACGACCAAAGCCCUGUUUCGAAGAUCUUCCGGUUGCUUCGUGAGAUGGCUUUCCAGGCCGGCCAGGACGAGCCAGGCUCGCGCGACGGGCAGCGGCGUCUGGGCGAGCUGCAGAUGGCCGACGUACGUGCUCGCGUGUUGGCGGCCGGCUGGGUCGAGUCGCAACUGCAAGAGACACUGCAAGAGUACAGCUCGCUAAGUGUGCUGCAAGUCGUGGGGCAGCGUAUUCUGUUUUUGUAG